AUGACUGCAACACCCUACGAGGAACCACAACCUUUCAUUCGUUCAAUCUUUGGUUUUCUUCAUCUUCAUAAUCAUCAUAGACAUACAGACAUUGGUGAUGGUAAUGGAUACCGUAUCACCCAUUUUGAAUAUACUGGAGCAUUUGUACAAAAUAAUGGAAUGCCAUCACCAACCUAUCAAUUAAGUUUUACGGCACUUCUCUAUUUGAGUUAUAAAUCAACAGACUCUCAAGUAGCCGAUCUAUCAUUAUCACUUGUAUCAACUCUUGCGACUAGUUGUCCCAAACUUCAAACUUUUUAUUCACACAAUGAUCCAACAUUUAAAUCUUUUCCAAACAACAUUGAAACAAUGACCGAUUUGUUUACUCUCAAAUUAACAGUACCAUUUAUUAAUGGUCCACUUGUAUUCCCUAGUCAUCCAAAACUCAACGAUAUUGACUUUUUUGCCCCCAAUUUAGAUACACUUAUCAUCGACGAUACUAUCAGACUUCCAAACCUAGGAUCAUUCAGUUUUCAAUUCAACCCACAGUCAAACAAAACAUUGGAUUUCCAACCUGUAUCAUUCCCUAAACUUACCAAUUUGUAUAUUGGUGCUUCACAGAAUAUUCCAGUCCCCAAUCCAUUGACAAAUUUAAAGGGUGACAAUACAUUUUCACCAUCUCUUGAUACUUUUCCUGUCAUUGACCUACUUUAUAUUCAAGAUUCAACAGCCUUUCCAUUUACUACCUACCCUCCAAGUCUAACAAAGAUGAGUGGUAAUCUUGGAACACUUACCAAUAUUCCAAAUAUUCCAGUUACACCAAAUCUUCAGUUAUUAUCAUUUAAUGCAGUGCCGCAACUUGCGAUUCCAAACACAAACUUUACAAAUAUUUUGGGAAACGCAAAUGGUACACUUGAUUUGACUAUCAUGUCGAGUCCCAAUUUUGCAGGACCACUUGUGCAAGAAACCUCUCUUUGUUCACUUGGUAAAUUGACCCUUCCACCUCCAUCAGGUGUCACAUCGAUCCCAGAUUGUUUUUGGUGUUAUGAUUCACCUGCCAGGUAUUCUGGUCCACUCACCAAACCAGUUGGAUUUACUUGCACCUACACUGUCGAUAGUCCAUUAGUACUAUUGUUUGGAAAGGGUGUAUUGACCGGCAAAAACUUGGGUUGGACACUCCCAGCCAACCUAAACAAUACCAUGAUCAGUGUGUUGACACCAAACAGUAAAAUAGAGGUCACUUACUCGACACCUAUCACAGGUCCACCACAACCAUUCGCCAUUACACUCAAUCAAGCCAACAACUAUAUCUUGGAUACCACUAUCAUGGAAGCUGGGUUUAUCGUCUCUACGUUUACCGUCAGACAAUAUCCAGGUAGAUUAGCACAAGUCGAAGUUUUAUUUGCCACUGUCAAUUGGUACAUCUUCCCAAAUAUCACAUUAGACUCUUAUAUACCAGUGGCCGGUCCCAUCCUAAACACUCAAACCAAUACUAUAUUGUACUAUGUUGCUGCACCACCCAAUCAACCCUAUACACUUACAAUUAGUAAUACAUAUAUUCAAGUUCAAAAACCAGUUACUUUUAAUCAAGUUUACCCAACUGUUAAUGAUGUUUAUAGUACAGAUACAUAUUGGGCAAUUGGUAGUAUAAUACAAUUUACUGGAGAUUUUGGUACAUCCAAUGAAACAUCAUCGGUUGAAUUUAAUAACCCGGAUGAAUCUAAAAGUAUAUGUACCGUGUUGGUAUGGACUCCCCAAACCCUUCAUUGUAAACUCGAGCAAAUACCAAUAACCCAGAGUAGAAUGGCAACUGUCAAUAUUACAAUCAAUGGUUUUUGGUUGGUAUCUCAAGUUGAAGUGGUCACUGUCAAGGACGAGUGUAAUCAACUUACCAACUAUUGUAAUGGUAAAGGUGUUUGUAACGAUCAAGGUCAUUGCGAUUGUUAUAUAAAUCAAGGAAGUUAUUAUAAUAAUUGUUCAAAACCAUAUCCAUUCAUUAAUAGUGGAAUUGUUAAUGAUCAAAAUACAACACAAAGAUCAAUUAGUUUAUUUGGUGAUUUUGGACCAUACGCAAUGACCAAUGUAACCAUUAAAAUCAAUCAUACAAUGAAUUGUAAUUUCAAUCAAACUGGAUCCACUCAAUUCCAAAUGAAUUGUCUACUUGAUGCAUCACCAACUACCUAUGGACCUGCAUCUGUUCAAUUGGAUCUAAAUAGUCUAACAUUUGAUAGUAAAACCUAUGUCAUUAAAUUCAAUAACCCUUCUCCAUCGACUGGUACAACCACUACCACCACCACCGCAGGCACUUCUACUACUGGACCUGGUACAAAAACCCCACAAGAAAUAUGUGAUGAGACUACCCAAUAUUGUUAUGGACAUGGUACAUGUGAUGUCAAUGGGGUUUGUCAAUGUGAAAAUCAAUAUAAUCCAAUUGAUAAUUGUUUAACUAAAUUUGCUGAUAAUACAACAUUUAAUCCAAAUACAACAUCACCAACUACAAAGAUUGAAGUAGAUGGAGUUGAAUUUGGUUUUGAAAUUGUUGCUAUUCAAGAGAUUGGAUUGGACAAUGAAAUAUUAAAAGAGUUGUUGACCGAUAGUUGGAAGUCGAAUAUUACCACAAACAACUCAUUGAUCAAUGCAGUUUAUGAUUUGGUGAUUGCCAACUCUAGUCUUCUAAAUACGACUAGUGUAACUGUCAAUAUUUCAUUCUCUCAACUACCUAGAACUGUCAUAUUUGGAGACCAACAAUUAUCAAUCGGUCCCAAUUCCAUAAAGUUGGCAGUAUCUAUUUCGGGGUGGACUUAUUAUUCCAAUUUUGCAACUCUUAGAUUAGUAUUGAAAACAACGGUAUACAAUGACCAAUCGAUAGAGUAUGAUUGUCAAGAGACUAGAAUCGAUCCAUUCUCGUAUGACAAUUAUGGAACACUCCAAUACCUAAGAGUACUCAAAGACAAUGUUCAAUUCAACGGUAGAUUCCUCGAUUUUGCAUUGGCUGAUGGUCGUACAACCUAUUCACAAACACUACUCAUCAAUCAAACCACUAUCAGUUCCGAUCAACAAUCAUCAUCUGCCAUGAUCGGUAUCACAUUACCUCAAUGUCAACAAUGUAUUCUCGAUCCAGACUUUACACCAUUGCUGGUUGUCAACGAUAAGACGGGUAAUUGUUCAGAUGAUAAGAAAUGGAAGAUUAUUGUUGGAUGUGUAGUUGGUGGGUUAGGUCUUGUUGCCAUUACUGUCGGUGCUGUAAUGUAUAGGCAAAAGUUGAUGAAAACAAGAAUGUAUAACAAAAAAAUGGCAAAUAAGUUGAAUCAAUUAAAUUAA